GUCCAGAUAAAAUUAUCAAUAAUUAUUAACCGUGUUCGGUAAAACCGAUUGAAUAUGAUCGGGAUGAACUCGCAACGAUCGAGUGAGAUCGGGAACGAUCGUGCGAGAUCGUGCAUGUAUAAAAAGGCAUUUUUAUUUAAUAAAAGAUUCAUUCGAAUCUAGCCGUCAGCGAGUACGGAGACAGUAUAAUUUGAUAUUUAACUUAAUCCUAAAUCCGAGUCUUAAAACUAUUCCCUAAUUCCUAUUUAAACUUAUAAGAAGUUUACGCGAGUGAAUUUUAGGCGGAGAGGUUCAAACGGAUCUAAUUAGUCCAGAGUGAACAGACCCGCACACACGCACCAGCCGUUCCAAGCCGAUCAUCCUCGCGAUCAUCCUUUUGUUCGCGGCGUGAGAUCGCGGUAAUCCGGCGGUGAGCAGGCUUGACGCGGUGAGAAUCGCUAAUCCAGAUCGUGAGAUUUGACAAGUGAGGCGUGAGUGAGGAAUCAGGGCGGCGAGGCCAGACGAUUUGCUCACGGUCGGCGAGAAGCACCAACCGACCCCGCGGACACGUGUCAUCAGCAGCAUUAACCCAAGAGUUCAGCCAAAGCUACGGUCACACUCCUGCGGUUACUGUAAGUAGAAAACUUGAUUUUUUUUUCGCCCCAAGAUGUCGUCUGUUCCCGGCAUGAUCGGUUCUAUCGAUCAUUACCAUCGAAGCAAGUCUUUUGCCAAUUAUGUUGAGCGAUUUGAAGUAAUGUGCAAACUCAACAAGGUGGCUUCCGAUGCAGAUAAGUUGUCGUGGUUUAUCUCUGUGAGUGGCGAGGACGUUUUUGAUGAAAUUAAAUUGAUUUUUCCUAAGCAAGAAGUUGAAAAACUUGAAUUUAAGGAAGUUGUUAAGCAGCUGAAAGGCAGGUUUGAUAAAGCUGUGCCAGCCAUGAUGUAUCGAUUUGAUUUUUACAACCGUUUUCAACUUCUUAAUGAAAGUUCUGAGAAUUUUGUACUCUCAGUAAAACUUCUCGCUGAAGAUUGCAACUUCAAUGCAUUUAAAGAUGAGGCUCUUCGCGACAAACUUGUUAUGGGCAUUAAAGACAAACGUUUGCAACAUAAACUGCUAGAAGAAGAAGAUUUAAGUUUGGCGCAGGUUGAGAAGAUGGUAAUCAACACGGAGAGGGCUGAAAAACGGGCUCAACAAAUGGGUGAAAAUCGUGUGGAAAAUGUUGGUGCUACUGCUAGCGUUCUGGCUGUUCAUCAGCGAUUGGGACCAAAAGUUAAUUCUUGUUCGGGGAGAUAUCGUUCACGCAGCAGGAGUCGUGAUCGUGGUCAUGAGCGCAGAGGACGUGACAUGGAUCGCAGAGGCCGAGAAGUGAUUCGUGAGAGGCGAGAUUACGAUCGCCGAUCUCACAAUCGUAAUCACAGCUACGAUCGCAGCCACAGCCGUGAACAAAAUUACUACAACAAUGCAAUUUGUAAUUAUUGCAAAAGAAAGGGACAUAUUAAGCGUUUUUGUGAUUUGCUUGCGGGUAAACAAGUUAAAAGGGUGAAUUUUGUUGAAGAGGAUACUCCUGAAACUAAACCGGUUUUUGACAAAUUCAACAGAAUCAGAAUCAACAACUCUGAGGAUGAUGAAAGUGAGAUGCAGUGCAUGAAAAUUGGGGAUGAGAAGACCUUAAGUGAGCCGUGUUUAGUGGAUGUUCGAGUUCAUGACAAAUUUUUGGAAAUGGAAGUUGACACAGGGUCAGCAGUUGCUGUUAUUAGUCAACAUUUGUACGAGCAAUAUUUCAAUGAAAUUCCUCUUAAAUCUUGCAAUAAACGCUUAGUUGUGGUUAAUGGUUCGGGUUUGGAGGUGCUUGGACAGAUUUCUGUUGAAAUUGGGUUGAAUAAGCGAACCGAGACCGGAAAUUUGGUUGUUUUGAGGUGUUUGAAGAACUUUACACCACUUUUAGGCAGAGAUUGGCUUGACAUGUUCUAUCCUGGCUGGAAAACUCAGUUUUUACCGGCAAAUAUCAUUGGAAAUUUGGAUUACAAAUCAACUGACACAGUUUUAGGUAAUCUUAAACUGAAAUACAACAAAGUGUUCUCUAAAGACUUUACUGAACCAAUUACAGGGUACCAAGCUGAUCUGACCUUUAAAUCAGAACAACCAAUUUUCAAGAAGGCGUAUCAAGUUCCGUACAAGAUCAAAGACAAAUUCAAUGAGCAUUUAGACAUGUUGGAGCGACAGGGAGUGAUCACACCAAUCAAGGCGAGCGAGUGGGCUUCGCCAGUUAUUGCGAUUGUAAAAAAGGAUGGGGAUUUACGCAUGGUAAUAGAUUGCAAAGUUUCUUUAAAUAAAAUACUGAUUCCCAACACUUAUCCUCUACCCCUUGCUCAAGAUGUGUUUGCUUCAUUGGCUGAUUCACAAAUAUUUUGUUCUUUGGACUUGACGGGCGCUUACACUCAGUUAGAGUUGUCGCAACGUUCAAGGAAAUUUGUUGUAAUUAACACACCUAAAGGUUUAUACACCUACAAUCGCCUUCCCCAGGGUGCAAGUCCAAGUGCAUCAGAAUUUCAACAAAUUAUGGACCAGAUCCUGAGAGGAUUAGAAAGAGUGUGUUGUUAUCUUGACGAUGUUCUUAUUGCUGGAAGAACUUAUGAAGAAUGUUUGGACAAGUUGGAGCAAGUCUUGCAAAGGCUCUCCGAUGCUAAUAUUUCUGUAAAUUUUAAGAAGUGUAAGUUCUUUGUGACAUCUUUGCCAUAUCUUGGUCAUAUUAUUUCUGACAAAGGUAUUUUACCCUCACCAGAGAAAAUUUCUACAAUUGCCAAGGCAAAAGUUCCACAGAACGUGACUGAACUCAAAGCGUAUUUGGGGCUAAUAAACUACUAUAACAAAUUUGUGCCAAAUUUAUCAGAAAAAUUGCGACAUCUGUACAAUCUUUUACAAAAAAAUGUCAAGUUUGAGUGGUCAAAAAACUGUGACGAAGCUUUCAAUGAAAGUAAAAAUUGCCUACUAAACGCUAAACUUCUAACUUAUUAUGAUCCUAGAAAACCAUUAGUAGUUGUGACUGACGCUUCUUCUUAUGGUUUAGGAGGAGUUUUGGCACAAAUGAUGAAUGGAGCAGAGAAACCCGUUUGCUUCACAUCUUUUUCAUUGAACUCUGCGCAGAAACGUUAUCCAAUUUUGCAUUUAGAAGCUUUGGCUUUGGUAUGUGUUAUCAAAAAGUUCCAUAAGUUCUUAUUUGGUCAAAAUUUUAAAGUAUUCACUGAUCACAAACCCCUUAUUGGCAUAUUUGGAAAAGAAGGCAAAAAUUCACUUUUUGUAACCAGAAUCCAACGUUAUAUUUUGGAGUUGUCCAUAUAUGACUUUGAGAUUGAGUAUCGACCUGGUUCAAAAAUGGCGAACGCAGAUUUUUGCAGCCGUUUUCCCCUGGACCAAAAAGUGCCUACUAGUUUGGAUCAGGAGUACAUCAACAGCCUGAACUACACAAAUGAAUUUCCGAUUGAUUUUACGCUUGUUUCUAAAGAAACAGAGAACGAUAAGUUCUUGAAAGAAAUUUUGAAUUUUGUCACAAUCGGUUGGCCAAAAACUAUACCAAAUCAGUUCAGAGAUUUUUCUUCGCAGAGGGAAAAGUUGGAAGUAAUUGAUGGUGUUUUGCUGUUAGAAGAUCGAGCGGUAAUUCCAAGCAGUUUGAGAGAAAAGAUUUUACAAUUAUUACACCUGAAUCAUGGAGGAAUGGUGAAAAUGAAGAAGUUAGCCAGAAGGACAGUUUACUGGCCAGGCUUAAAUUCAGACAUUGAAGACUUUGUUAAAAGUUGUGAAUCUUGCUCUCAGAUGGAAGUUGUGAGGAAACCGGAAGCUUCGGGGUCCUGGAUUCCUACCACAAGACCGUUCAGUCGUUUGCAUGCAGAUUUCUUCUUCUUCCAAGGAAAUACUUUCUUAUUGAUUGUUGACAGCAAUACUAAAUGGUUGGAAGUUGAAUGGAUGCGUUUUGGCACUAAUGCAAGACUUGUUAACAAGAAAUUUGCGGCAAUGUUUACACGCUUUGGUUUACCGGAUGUAAUUGUUACAGACGGUGGCCCACCUUUUAAUUCCACGGAAUUAAUUGGUUUUUUGGAACAACAAGGCAUAAAAGUUCUUAAAAGCCCGCCGUACAAUCCUGCCAGCAACGGCCAGGCUGAAAGAAUGGUGAGAGUUGUCAAAGAUGUGCUAAAGAAAUUUUUAAUUGAUAACAAAACGAAAUCUCUUGAGAUGGAUGAAAAGCUUAAUCUGUUUCUAAUUAACUAUAGAAAUGGUUCCUUAAACUCUGAAGGUUUGUUUCCUUCUGAAAGAGUUUUCAAAUAUACACCAAAAACCUUGUUAGAUUUGAUUAAUCCAACUAAAACUUACAAACACAAUCUGGCUGAACCUCCAGCACAACGAUGUGUCGUUGACACUGAAAAACUUGAUCCUCCAAAUGAAUUGGAUAAAAUUGAGGCAGGGGAUAAGCUGUUGUAUAAAAAUAGUCACGAUACCUUCCCAAAGUGGGUUGAAGCACAGUUUAUUAAAAAAGUGUCUAAAAAUGUCUUCCAGAUUCAAAUUGGCCGACACGUGGCUACGGCGCACAGACAUCAGCUGAAGGCGUUGCACGUUCCCAAACGUGGAUCCGUGAAGAUGUGUUUUGCGGCCAACAGUUACAAACGCAACUUCUCCUCAAUCGAUGACGAUGGAGGAUUACUCGGGCAUUCGAGGGAUUACGCGGUGUAUCGUAAGCAGAGAAAGGUUGACAACGAAUCCCGCAGUCCUGUUAGAACGAGGUCGAGGGCCAGAUUGGAGAAUCAGCAGGGACACAAUUAACAGAUCUACCUUUGCGUUCAGGUGCAAGUUCUAAGAAAUGCACAGUCGAACCAAUCAUCAUGAAAAAUACAUUUUUGCGCUGAAUUAAAGUGAAUUUGAAAUUAUAUUUCUUUCUGAUAUUGUUAACAGUGUAGUAUAUAAGCAGUGAAAUGAAAUUAAGUUUAUAUUCUCGAUAAAUAUGAAAUCAAAUACAAAUUAGAAUGAAUUUGCUUAAGAGGGAAGAUCUUGUAGUGUCCAGAUAAAAUUAUCAAUAAUUAUUAACCGUGUUCGGUAAAACCGAUUGAAUAUGAUCGGGAUGAACUCGCAACGAUCGAGUGAGAUCGGGAACGAUCGUGCGAGAUCGUGCAUGUAUAAAAAGGCAUUUUUAUUUAAUAAAAGAUUCAUUCGAAUCUAGCCGUCAGCGAGUACGGAGACAGUAUAAUUUGAUAUUUAACUUAAUCCUAAAUCCGAGUCUUAAAACUAUUCCCUAAUUCCUAUUUAAACUUAUAAGAAGUUUACG